AAAGCAGAUACGUUUUCUAGAUGUCUUUAUAACCCAAUUUGUUUUGGAUGUUAAUUGGAUAGUUAAAUAUGUGCUUAGGUCGCAGAGAAGCGCAGAACGGUACCAAUUUAAGUGGGUUUCAUUCUUGAAAGGUGUUGAGCCACUGCCAGUCGUUUUUACAAUGCAAUUGGUGGCAUUGAUUUACAUCUUGGCCUGUUUAUUAUUACCUAUGGUUAGGAGUGCAUACGAUGUGGUGAACCCUCCAGUUGGACAGAACAUUUCGGAAUAUUUGCAUGCACGCCAAAAAAGACAUCAACUAAUCUACAGAAAUGGAGGAACUAUCCGUUUAGUAGUGGGUCCCGUAAUGGCCACACAACUUGAGGAUCCUGUCGUCUGGCGCAGUAUGGUUUACUAUUAUACUCUACACUGUGGAGUAUUUACACUGCCAUCAGCACCACUUUAUCCGUGGGACAAAUGGGAGACAAUCUACGCCCGCGCGCUACAGGAGAAGAUCAGGAAGUUAGAUGAAUCCCACGAGGAUGACACUCGCGUGUUUGUUUAUGCCGCUUUGGAGAUUUAUAUGGACCAAGUCAGUGGAUCGAUAGGUCAGGGUCGGCAGUGCUUGUUACGCGGAAUCUGUGAAAAUGCUCAGGUUAAUCACCAUGUGGGAAUCAUGGCGGAGUUAUUAAACGUUCUUCUCACACCCGGCAAAGCGAGAUUGGACGAGGCCUAUACAGAAGCUUUAACAGCUGGCAAAGCUGGGAUCGAUUGUUUAUCACAUUUUCAGGAUUGUCCAAAGGGUGAAAGUGUCUUAGAUGGUUUUGCUGUUGAUUUAGAUUAUUAA